AUGGAACUUGGUUUGAGCUUGGGAGAUUCAACAAAACCAUUUGAAUUCUUGACAAAGAAUCAAGAGCUUACCAACAACACUGUUGGUGAAUUGGCAAAAUCAAUAGGGACUGAAGGGCUAGUUGCUAGGCAAGUGGUGGAUAUGGCCUCAACUGCGGUCUCCAUUGUCGGAAUGGAAGAGCUAGAGUUCAUUCAUCUCCACAAGACCGCUACAUUGCUGGAGGCAGCAAUGGUGCCUGGGGCUAUUCUCGGCGGGGGUGAUGCGGCAAAGGUUGAGAAAUUGAGAAAAUUCGCGAGUUUUGGGUUGUUGUUUCAUGUGGUGGAUGAUAUUCUUGAUGUUACAAAGUCUUCUCAUGGGUCUGCAUAG